AUGUCACCCGAGGAGCCCCAGAGGAGUCCUCAUCGUCAUCAUACCGCAGCUCGUCGACGACGGUUCACUGAGCCAACAGCGCACGCUUCUACUCACCAAGGGCGACCUGGCAACAUUGACCUCACGAUAUCUCUCCUGACUAGACUUGUGCAAGGGCAUGAUCCUGAUCGGAUACUCACUGAAGUGCUGGCCUAUCAAGGGGACAUGCUUCCAUGGGGAGCCAGAGCCAUGUGA